AUGCAAAUUCUGUGCGCCCCAGGUUCGAGGCCCCCCGGUUUGAUACCGCUGCCUUACAUGCUAAGCGUCAACACGGAUGACCUUGUCGUGGUCGUGAACAUGUACGUGAACAUGUAUGACCUCGACAAGUCCGUAAACGUAAAAGUAAACCUCGACUCGAGGCUCGAGGUCAUACUAACGGAGUAA